AUGUCGGACAGAUACCACGGCUCGGCAUACCGCAGUCGCGGCGCAUCCUACCGGGACGACCGUCGCUAUCCACCGCGGCACCAUCCCCGCGACGAUCAUGAGUAUCCGGACAGCCGACCCGCGUACGAUGCGCGCGAUUCGUACGCUGCUUCUUCGUACUAUCCUGAGCCACGAUACCCGGAGCGACCGCACGGUCGCCGUGUGCACAAGACAAUCCCACCUCCGAGACCGUGGGACUACAGUCGGCGACCGCCGCCUCGCAACGAGCAGGAAAGAAUGGAGCUCGAGCGCGAACGCGAGGCGUGGGAGGCCAAAGAGGAGGAGAGGUACAAGCAGCGUAUGGAGGAGAGGGAGCGCGAGAGGCAAAGGGACUGGGAGCGCAAUGGAUAUGGUGCGUAUGGUCCGCCUGGAGGGAGGGAGAGGGACCGCGAAGUGGAUGUGUACGAUCGUGAACGUGCGGCGAGACAAUCGGAUCUGGGGCCAGCUCGUCGGCCGCGAUCUCGAAGUCCUCCGGGCGCAGAUCCUCGAUACGAGCAAAGAGGUUCGUGGGGCCGGGCGUCUGUAGGAUCUUCGGAAGGCAGAGAACGCGAGCUGGUUGGUGUACCAGCGUCGGCAUCGGCAGAACGCCUCGACGCAGCUGGCGGUUAUCCUCCUCGACGAUCACCCCCACCGCCAGCAUCCUCGUCAGAGGCGGCAGCAGCAGGUGCAGCAGUCAGAACAGAAGCAGCAGCACCAACAUCAUACCCAGACGCUUCUGACGCCCCAUCCGCAUCCCGCUACAGACCCUCAUCACCUCCGCGUGGACCAGCACGAGACAGCUCAGGCUUCAUCUCGACCCCACCUACCGGGCCACGCGCCUCACGUGGUGGUCCGCCACCGCACCCUUCGUCCGCAUUCCGCGGCCGCGAAGGCUCCGGAUCCGCUGGAACGUACACGCCCGGAUUGGAACGAGACCGAGAAGCCAGCAGCAGCUACAUGAGUCCUUCGAAUGGACGCUUUGGACGGGCCGGUGGACGGGAAGGCGGGCCACCGCAGGGUGGAGCGUAUCGUGGCGGGCAUCCAUCGUUCGGGCGGGGGAGGAGGGACACUAAUCCGUACGAUUCGGGCUACUACGCUGCAGAAGACGAAGCCGGGUAUCGUGGGGGUUACGGUGGCGGUGCGGGUUCGUCGCCGCAUGAGAACUCGCCGUACUCGCCAUCGACGUCCACACCCGCGGGAGGUCUGCACCACAGCCACCAUCACCUGACGGCACCACGGCUGUCGCGCACCUCGUCGUCGCAGACCUCGGGCACGCCCGCGGCGAUCCCCACGGGCCCAGCAUCCGCCCUCGCCUCGCCAUCCACUCUCGCCCCCCCCUCUUCCGCCACCGCAACUGCCACGCCGCACUUCAGCGCCGCACACGUGCUCACCCCGGAGCUCGAUGCCGAGCUGCUCGCGCUCGAAACCCAGCGCGCCGCGUUCGUCUCGAGCCAUCUCCUAGGUGCCAAGCGCGCGAGCGUGCGCGCGUUGAGGACCGAGCUGCGCGAGGCCGAGCUCGACUAUGCUACUGCGGGCAACCGCCGCCACGCUGCGGAGCGCGCGUUGGAGGUCGCGCGCGAGACCGCCGACGCGUACAGCUUGGAGGAGAACCGAAAGGACGAGUUGCAGCGCCUGAUUGCCCAGCAGCUCGUGCAGAGCAUGUAG